GAACAAAAGGCGAGACAUGAUUGGUUCGUUUCUAUGUAGGCGUGGCUUGGGAUUAUCUAAAAGUACAUACGCAGCGGCUUUCAGACAGACUGUACAGACCGAAUCACACAUCUACAAUAAACGCCGACGGACUAUUUGUAGCUCAUAUCAGUGUAAAAAGAUGAAUAAAGACACAGAAAUCGACAUGGAGGAGGUGAAGCUGAAUGAGGUGGACCCGGAGAAGCAGCCCAUGACAGGCGACGGUCAGGCUGCAGGGAACGAGAAGAACGGCAGCGUCAAGCUGAAGGUCCCUGAAGAUGAGGUCACAUUCACGGGCCUCUCCAAAGAGGAGCUGCUGAGAGUGGCUGGCACUCCAGGAUGGGUGCGAACUCGCUGGGUUCUCCUCGUCCUCUUCUGGCUGGGCUGGGUGGGCAUGCUCGCCGGCGCCAUCGUAAUCAUUGUCCAGGCGCCUCGCUGCAAACCUAUUCCUGAGAUGAACUGGUGGAACGAAGGCCCUCUGUACCAGAUCGAUGACCUCGAUGCCUUCUGUGGCGGCAUGGAAGGUCUAAAGGAGAAGUUGGAUGACAUGACCCAGCUGAAGGUGAAAGGACUCGUUCUUGGUCCUUUUCACCGAGUCCAGAAAGACAAACCGGCUACGCUGAAUCUUGAGCUCAUCGAUCCAUCUUUUGGGUCUCUAGAUAAACUGAAGGAAGUGUUGGAAAGAGCCCACAAAAAGGGCAUUUCUGUGGUCCUUGACCUGACUCCAAACUACAUGGGAUCCGCUCCCUGGUUCGAAAAUGACGACGAAAUCAUGGAGAAAGUUAAGUCUGCCGCAGAGUACUGGCUGAAACGUGGAGUGGAUGGCAUCAAGCUGCCGGACCUCUCUCGCGUGUCCAACUCCACUGAGUGGCCGAAACUGCGUGCCGCUGUCCAGGGCAACCGAACUGAAGACGCUAAGAUCAGGGGCCUGAUGGGUGUGGUUCAGGGAGCGUCUGCCUCGGAGGUGUCUCAGCUCAUCAAUGCCUCUGGGGUUGACCUGGUGCUGUCAGACCUGCUCAGCAGUAACAACGGAGGUGCUGAGCGCAUCAGAGCCAUGGAUGUUCUUCACUCUCAGCAGAGGAGUCUGGGGUGGGGUCUCGGUGCCUCGAGUGGCGUUCGUCUGUCGUCACAGGCUAAAGCUGCCGGUCUGAUUCGUCUGUAUCAGCUUCUGCUGUUCACCAUGCCCGGAACGCCAGUCUUCACCUAUGGAGAUGAAAUUGGUCUUCAGGCAGGAAAUGGUACAAAAAUGGUCUGGAACUUGGAAUCCGAAUCUGAAGCUAAUGGAACAGAGUACGCUGAAGUGAGGAAGUGGUUCAAAUCCCUCAGCGACCUGCGAGGAAAGGAGCGCUCGCUUCUCCACGGCGACUACUACUCCCUGUACUCGUCGCCCUCAUCCCUCGCUUUUCUGCGCGUUUGGGACCAGAGCGAGCGUUACAUCACAGCCGUCAACUGGGGGGACAAAGCGGAAACGCUCAAAUUGUCACUGACGCCUACAGAAGGAGUCGAGUUGCCUGAAACGGCUAAGGUGAAAAUAACUACGGAUGAAAACCAAGAGAUCGACUCCUCCAUCAGUCUGGACAAAAUCACUUUAGGACCCAGACAAGCAUUGCUGCUGCAGUUCCCUUAUACUGCCUGAAGAUGGCGCCAAACUACAAAAAAAGCAGUUUUCACAUUAGAUUUGGCUCAGAAGCUGCAAAAGUUCAACUUAGUCCUUUAAAAAUGAGUCACUCCUCCAUACAUCAGUUGGGUUUUGAAAGUUAAAAGCACCUUUUUUCUUUUUUUUUUGUGCUGUGGGUGUUUCUAGUUUUUGACAUUUUCAUGUUCAAAAAGUUUGUGCUCAAAUCGGUUUUAUUUGGUUAUUUUUUUUGUUGUUUUUAAAUGUUAAGACAUUCCAUUCUUUGGGCAUUCCUUUUUAAAAUUUUAUUGGAAUUUUAGGUAUUUUUUUUGGUUCUUUAAAAUGCUUGAUGGGAGGGGGGGGCACAAAUGUGACAAACGUUUUUCAAAAACGAAGAGUUGAAAACAAAUAAACCAGUCUGUACCAUC